CGCAAUUUCCAAUAACCUCCAUCACAUUGUGGUGGAGUAUCUCAGAUCCAGCCUGCUAAAUAUUAUCGCCAAACUAAUUUGCUAAAGUAUUAUUCACGAUUUCGUUACAGUAACACUAUCGGACUAUUUUCAGAGGGGUGUUCAUGCACCAGCAUCACCGACGUGAUUUCUAUAACAGCUUCAGACGGGUCCUCUCCCUCUGUGCUCUUGAAGAUGGUCAAGGACAAUGCACAACCUCCGCAGCCUGGUAUCUAUAGUGCCACGUACAGUGGCAUUCCCGUCUACGAGUUCCAGUUCGGAGAUGACUUGAAGGAGCAUAUCAUGCGCCGGCGGGAAGAUAACUGGGUUAAUGCCACACAUAUCCUGAAAGCCGCAGGCUUUGACAAGCCAGCACGAACCCGAAUCCUCGAGCGAGAGGUCCAGAAAGACACACACGAGAAAAUCCAAGGAGGAUAUGGAAAAUACCAAGGGACCUGGAUUCCUCUCGAGCAAGGUAUCCAGCUAGCCCAGCGGAACAAUGUAUUUGACCGGAUACGCCCCAUCUUCGACUUUACACCUGGUUCGAAAACUCCGCCGCCUGCUCCCCGCCAUGCGAGCAAACCCAAGGCACCGAGAAAACCAGCCGUGCCUAAAUGGCCUGCAGCUGCUGCCGUUGCCGCGCAAGAAGACGUGGAUGCUGGUGACUCCGUUAUGAAUGAGGAUGAUACCCCAGAUAAUCUCACUGUGGCAUCCGCCUCGCACAUGGCCGAAGAAGACCAUUUCGACAUGUCCCACAUCUCCUCCACUGGUCACCGUAAGCGGAAGCGGGAAGAAGCCAUUCAGGACAUGACCCAACAGCAGCACUCGGUAUACGGGGAUGAGCUCUUAGAUUAUUUCCUCCUCUCGAGGAAUGAGAAGCCAGCACUUCGACCAGAGCCGCCUCCGAAUUUCCAGCCCGACUGGAUCAUCGACUCGGAGGACCAUACGGCGCUCCACUGGGCAGCGGCGAUGGGCGAUAUUGAAGUCAUCAAGCAGCUGAAACGCUUCGGCGCUAAUCUCGCCGUCCAGAACGUCCGUGGUGAGACACCACUCAUGCGGGCUGUUCACUUCACGAACUGCUACGAGAAGGAAACCUUUCCCCAGGUCCUUCGGGAGCUGUUCGAGACGGUCAGCCUGCGGGAUCACAGGGGUGCGACCGUUAUCCAUCAUGCGACAGUCAUGAGGAAUGGCCGUGUCACCAGCCACCCGUGCUCCAGGUAUUAUCUGGAUCUCAUCCUGAACAAGCUCCAGGAGGCGGCCGAUCCCAUGUUCGUGCAAAACCUCAUCGACACCCAAGACCACGAUGGCAACACGGCGCUCCAUCUCGCUGCCGGGAGGAACGCGCGGAAGUGUAUUCGAGCCCUGCUGGGGAGGAACGCAUCCACGGAUAUGCCUAAUCAGGAUGGCGUAUAUACCGAGGACAUGAUCCAACAGUUAAACGGGGUCCGGAAGGAGCUGCAUCGAUCCUCGUCCCCGUUCGCACCUGACACGCGCUCGGAAAGAGAACACACCGGCGUCGCGGUGAACAACGACCGUGCCAGGAAGGCGUUUGGCUUUGCGGUGUAUGAUUCCGAUGCCGCAAACGUUAUCCAGGACCGCAUUGCGCCCCUCGUUUCGCAGAGCCUACACGAACUCUCCGCGACGUUCGACGAGGAGCUGCACGAGAAAGAAGCGGCCGAGAAGGACGCACGCCGCCUCCUGAACAACACGCAGAACGAGCUCAACUCCAUCCGCCAGGAAAUUGCCAUGCUCGAGGGCCAACUCGAGCCCGACAACGUGGCCUCCAAGGUCAUGGCCGAGGCCAAUCUGGCUAAGCACCAGGUCAUGUCGCUCAUCACGCGCCAGAACAGGCUGCACGUGCAUGAAUCCGUCGACGCGGAACUGAGCCAGCUCAAUGGCGACGUCGAGGAGGGUUCCUACGAGGAGCGCCUGGCUCUCGCGCGUCAGCUCCAUGCGGCGGUACAGGAACAGCGCCAGGCGGAGGCCGAGUACGUCGACGCUCUGGGCAUGGUGGGAACGGGCGAGAACAUCGACAAAUAUCGUCGGCUGCUUAAGAAGUGCCUCGACCCUAGAGAUGCCGACACACUCGACAGCAACCUUGACAGCCUCGUGGAGAUGAUGGAGGAGGACCGCGACGUGGGGGUUGAUAUGGAUGGCGUCGAAGCCAAGUCCGUGGAUGUUGGGAUGAGUCUCAACCUUCACAUGUGAAGACGUCCUGUUGUAGCGUAUGUUACCACGGGGCCGUUAUAGGCUUCUACCUGCGCUCGGAUUCGAUGUCUUGGGCGCAAUUUCUUUCGUCUCAUCUCUUGUUUAUCUCUUUAUGGCCUGUUGACAUACAUCAGCCGGAGCAGAGGGUCUUAUUCCCCGCGCCGGGUGGGGGUGGGGGGCAGCGAAGGUCGCUUAUUUGUGUUUGGGCAUCGCCAACGCCUCCGGGCCUAUAAGGAGGAGCUGCGUUAUACCAUACGAACGGCAGGAGGGUUAUUUUUUUUCAGGCGUUGUGGCUUAGCGAAUGGCGGACGGCGUGGGGCUGGUGGCCUAGCAUUGACUGACCUGAAUAGAUCUAUACCUUUGAUGGUACCCAUGAAAAUAUUGGGAUGCGAACCA